CAAAAUACAGACAUAGUACUGGAUCCCGAGUCACAUUCAGUGCCAGCUAACAUGUCUAUUGAAAUCUUAACCAGUUCAUCAAUGUGCCAUAUGGGCAUAUUUCUUACAUUCCAAUGCAUUCUCUUAAGGCUUACGGUUGUAAGCACAAGUGUUGGGCGUCCAACACAACUCUCACCAACAAGAGCCUUUCCAUGAAUAGGAAUCUCAAGGUAGGCGUACAAAUCAUAAUGAGCAUUAUCCACUUUAUAAACGUAUUAUGUCGCGCAAACUCGUAUUAUAUUGCUGCUGCCUAAAGCCGUCAAAGUUAGAGAACGAAGAACCUACGAACGACUAUAAAAUGUGACGAUAUUGAACAAAGGCAACUUUGAAGACUCAUAAGGCCAUGACGUUGAAAGCCAAAGUCCAAGGACCAUGAUACCACUAACUCUUUCCAGCGCAUGGCUGCUACUAAGCGCCAACUCUGUCGCGGCUCAAGAUCCAUUAGUUGCCGACACCACCCACAACAUCACGUACCAAGGCCUCAACCAGAAUGGCAUCGAAGUAUUCCUCGGCAUCCCGUAUGGCCAAGAUACGAGCGGUGCAAACCGGUUCAAGCCGCCACAACCCGUCGUACCGGAGCCCGGCACCGUCAUCGACGCGCGGUCCGUCGGCCCCGCCUGCCCACAGCCGUUAGGCCAGGGGUUACCGCCGCUCACCCUGACUAAUACAACUCAUAUCUCGGAGGACUGCCUGCACUUGAACGUGGCACGGCCGCGCGGUAUAGCCGCCGAGGACCCACCGUUGCCCGUUCUCGUCUGGAUAUAUGGCGGCGGGUUCUUCACGGGUAUAAGCAACGAGCUGACAACGGCGCCGGACGGUAUGAUCCUUGAGUCGGUUGAGAACGGACUUCCUGUGAUACACGUGGCGAUGAACUAUCGUCUCGGAGUAUUCGGAUUCGCACAAUCCGACGCCCUCCGAUCCGAAGGCUCGGAGAAUGCGGCAUUGCGAGACCAACGACUCGCCAUUGAAUGGGUGCGGGACAACAUCGCGCAUUUCGGCGGCGACCCGAACAAGAUCACCAUCUUCGGGCAGUCAUCCGGCGGCGUAUCCGUCGGCUUACAAAUCAUGGCCUACGGCGGCACCAAGCCCGUGCCGUUCCAGCGAGGCAUAAGCGAGAGCCAGGUGCUGGAACCAGGUAUCACCGGCAAUUUCAGCAUCGACGCCUUUCAGCGAGUAGUAGAGCACGUCGGGUGCAACACCACCGCGCUGCACUCACCAGAAACGGUCGCGUGCCUGCGAAACCUAGACAUGGAAACGCUGCAGGCCGCCGCCGAGGCCACAUAUCUCGACGACCUGGCGCACAACAUCGGGGACAUAUGGCUGCCAACCGUCGACGGCGACUUCCUUCCCGCAGCGCCCUCAACCCUCCUUGCCGAGCAGCGGUUCGCGCGCAACGUGAGUAUGAUGCUGGGGUGGUGCGAGGACGACCUGACCUUCUUCACGGACGCCAGCAUCGCAAGCGCAGAGGACACCGCGUCCUUCGUCUCGUCGUACGCGUGGGGGUUAUCCCCCUCCAACCUCGCCACGCUCCUCUCGCUCUACCCAUCAUCCGACUUCACCGGCAACCCCUCCGCAAACCUCUCCGCCGAAUUCUACCGCACGGCGCGCAUCUUCCGGGACCUCGUCAUGACCUGCGAGCCCAUCCUCUACGCCUCCGCCCUCGCCUCCGCCAACGUCUACCUCUACACCUGGAACCAAACCAUCCUCGACCCCAUCCUCGCCAGCCUCUACAACCAGUCCGGCCAAGGCGUCAUCCACACCUCCGAGUUCGCCUACAUCUUCGGCAACCUGAGCCACUGGGACACGAACGGGUACCCCUUUGCCCCAACCCCCGCCGACUAUUCCCUCGUGAGGCGCGGCGCCCGCUCGUGGACCACGUUUGCGAGUCUCGGCGCGCCUGGGCUUGAGGGACAUGAUACGUUUCAGGGGUUCACGCCGGCGUUUUCCGGCGGUGAUGGCGAGGAGAAGGAGACCUUUUCCAUCUUCGUCGCCGGCGGGCCACACGAGGGCCUUUCACCGGUCGAGGGGCCUGGUUCAGCGCCCGCGGUGGCGGCGCAGAAGCUGAGAGAGCGGUGCGCGUUCAUCAAUUCGGAAGAGGUUGUGAGACAGCUUCAGUUCUAACGUACGUACCUUGGGUACAUAUGUAGAACAAGGAAGUGUCAUCAUAUCAUCAUAUAUAUCCAUCCAUCCAGUAAAAGCCGGGUGUUCAUGUUCAUUGCUCUAUUAAAUAAAUGUACCUAUAGCUAUAGGCUCCGUUUAUAACUUUCAUUCCAGUACCUAAUGCAAUGCUCAAAA